GUUGUCGUGCGUUGGUACGGUGUGCGAAAGCAUUGUUUUCGUUUGCUAUCAUUCGCUUUCAGCUACGUAUAUUUCGGUCGUAUUGUAAAAAAAAGAAAGAAGAGAGACUGUGAGCGAUUUGCCACUGGUGCUACUGAUGUUGCCUGCCAGCACAAUUCUCUUCUCGCACACCGAGAGCAUCGCGUCGAGCAUCUGAUUAUGGAAAUCAAAAUCAAAUUGGAUUUCAGUUGCUCAAGAACCACCAAAAGUGUUAGAAGUGUAUAACCCGGAUCUGUGUGUAGCAGCAGCGCAGCAAAAUAUACAUAGUUUGUUUUUUUUUUCGUUAUUUCAGACAGAACAGAACGUGUAAACUCGCUCUGGAUCUAACACUUUGGCCAACUGGAGUUUCUAUUCGUAGUAUAAUUGGUAGCGAAGCGAAACAAAGUUGAAUUGCAAGGAGGAGGAGCUAACUUAUAGAACGAAAAAAAAAACAAAACAAAAGAAAUCACGACAAUAAACGUCGACAACACCAACGAAACGCACAAAUAUCAUAUCGAUAUAUUUUAGAGUUAACAAAACAUAUCCCCCAUUUAUUUGGAUUCGGAGAUUUGGCGGAUUUUGAAGUUGUAUUUUUUUUUCCUUCAUUGUUCAUCGCUCGAAGCUCCGAAUUUCGGUUGAAUCCCAGAAUUAUACAAUCCCCCCGCUGCGUUGUGUUCUUGAGCAUUACGAAUAGACAGAAAGCUGAAAGUAUAUCACACGCGAGAGUGAGGCUUUGGAACGAAGCGAAAGAAGAAAGAAAAAGCGAAGCAAAGAAAACGGGAAUAUAAGUACUACGCACAUAAGCACGCAUGCGCACCACACAAAUCAUAUAAAACGAGUACCGUACGUUUUAGGGCCAGAAAAGCAAUAAAACACAUUCGUUGUACUUCGAACAGAGUAAUUCGGGAGGCAGUGAAAAGAGAGUGAGAGAGGAAAACUCGAACGCGCACCAUCGCACUGACAAAGCUGCUGAGCCACCACGCACAAUACACAACAGACGACGACAACAACGAACACAAGCGAGAGAGUGUAGCACGAAUUAUCUUUGAUUUUGAAGAAAAUCGAAACACGCUGCCGUACAACAGCCAAAUAAUACACAAUAAACGAACUAAGUCAGAGCGAGAAACAGUAGCAGCAGCAGCAGCAGAAGUAAUAAAACGCAUUCCCAUUUAAGCUCAAUAAUGACAGAGGGUGCGACAUCUGUAUCAUGUCUGGAUGAGACAAUACAUCAUAAAUCAUCAUUAGCGCCGGAUGAAUCAAUUGAAUUGCCGGCAUUACGGAACCCUUCAGAUGCUCACACUCAGGAAAAGCAACAAGAUAAGAAACAAAAGGUACAGCUGCCAGAUCGAGGAACAUGGUCGAGCAAACUAGAUUUCAUAUUGUCAGUGGUCGGUUUGGCUAUUGGUUUAGGCAAUGUGUGGCGUUUUCCGUAUCUAUGCUAUAAAAAUGGUGGCGGUGCAUUUUUAAUUCCAUAUUUUCUAACGCUCAUAUUAGCCGGUAUACCGAUGUUUUUUAUGGAAUUGGCACUAGGGCAAAUGUUAACGAUAGGCGGUCUGGGUGUAUUCAAAAUUGCACCAAUCUUCAAAGGAAUCGGAUACGCUGCCGCUGUUAUGUCAUGCUGGAUGAACGUCUAUUACAUCGUUAUUUUAGCUUGGGCAGUAUUUUACUUCUUCAUGUCGCUGCGUUCAGAUGUUCCAUGGCGUACGUGCAAUAAUUUCUGGAACACAAAGACUUGCGUUAAUCCAUACGAACGUAAAGAAUUGGUUUGCUGGAACAAAACAAGCAUCAGUCAAACCGUGAAAAUGUGUUCAUUAGCCGGCUCAAAUUACUCCACCAACGAAUUAACCGAUCCGGUCAAGGAAUUCUGGGAACGCCGUGCAUUGCAAAUUUCGGACGGUAUUGAAAGCGUUGGUUCGGUUCGUUGGGAAUUGGCUGCCACACUGUUGGUUGUCUGGAUCAUGUGCUACUUUUGCAUCUGGAAGGGUGUCAAGUGGACCGGCAAAGUCGUCUACUUUACCGCUUUGUUCCCAUACUUUUUAUUGACAAUACUAUUGAUUCGUGGCAUCACAUUACCCGGUGCCAUUGAAGGAAUUAAGUUUUACGUUAUACCGAAUUUCGAUAAAUUAAAGGAAUCAGAGGUGUGGAUUGAUGCGGUUACACAAAUUUUCUUCUCGUACGGUUUGGGUCUUGGUACAUUAGUUGCUUUGGGCAGCUACAAUAAAUUCACCAACAACGUCUAUAAGGAUGCGUUGAUCGUGUGCACGGUGAACUCAAGCACAAGUAUGUUUGCUGGUUUUGUGAUUUUCUCCGUUGUCGGUUUCAUGGCACACGAACAAGAUCGACCGGUAGCCGAAGUGGCCGCAUCAGGUCCUGGUCUUGCAUUUCUAGCCUAUCCAUCGGCUGUUCUGCAACUGCCUGGUUCACCGUUGUGGGCAUGCCUGUUCUUCUUUAUGCUGCUGUUAAUCGGUUUGGAUUCACAGUUCUGUACUAUGGAAGGUUUUAUUACGGCCGUCAUCGACGAAUGGCCACGAUUGCUGCGUCGUCGCAAGGAAAUAUUCAUUGCGAUCGUCUGUGGGCUUAGCUAUUUGGUUGGAUUAACCUGUAUCACACAGGGCGGAAUGUAUGUCUUCCAAAUUUUGGACUCUUAUGCGGUCAGCGGUUUUUGUUUGCUUUUCCUAAUCUUUUUCGAAUGCGUAUCGAUUUCGUGGGCAUUCGGAGUCGAUCGAUUCUACGAUGGUAUCAAAGAAAUGAUUGGUUACUAUCCAAUGCGUUUCUGGAAAUUCUGCUGGUGCUACACAACCCCAUUCAUCUGUUGUUUCGUAUUCUUCUUCAAUAUCGUCCAAUGGACUCCGGUCAAAUACUUAGGUUACGAAUAUCCGGCUUGGGCUCAUGCAUUCGGUUGGUUCACAGCUUUGUCAUCGAUGUUGUGCAUACCCGGUUACAUGAUUUGGUUGUGGUAUAAGACACCUGGAGACAGAGAUACGAAAAUUCGGCUUAUCGUUAGAAUUGAUGAUGAUGUGAAAGCGUUGCGAGAGAAGAUGGUCGCCGAACAACAAAAACUGAACGAAGUUUAUCUGUAAUCGUGCACGUACUUCGUUGAAAAUCAAAAAUGAACAACAAAAAAAUGCAACAACAAAAAACAACAUAAAUCAAAUCGAUCGAAUAAUAAUGAGACUAAAAUGCUAAUCAGCCCAUUAGCUCAUAUCAACUAUUUCUUCCAUUUAUCCAGAUGAGAGCACAACAAUAAGUCAACGACCAAAAAACUGAAGCAAAUUUCAAAGCAACAAUACAAAACAAAACAAAAACAUAUUUACAAACAAAACAAAGUAUUUAGAGUUUAGUUUAGAGAAGAGAAGAGCGAUUUGCUCUUGAACAAAAGACAAAAAAAAAAUAAUCCAAACAAAGAGCAGUUGAAGGACUAAUAAUAAUAGAUCAGACAUUUUUCUUCGAACAACAACAAAAAAACACAGUCAGUACAAUGUGUCAUGCUGUUCCAAAAAAAAAAAAACUGGAUAUAUACUGUUUGUGACAGCUAUUUAAUUUAUUCAAUUGAAUCCCUUUCGUUGAAAGUGCUAAUAAUAUUUAUUUAUUAUUAUUAUUUUUUUGCUAGAUUGUACGUUUUUAUUUUUUUGGUUGUCGACGUUUUUCGAGUUGGUCGUUUUUUUCGACGACAAACUGAUUCAAAAAAAAAAAAAUGAAAAUAGAAAAAUGUAAUAAAAUGGAUUUGUUCCAUUUGUACAAUUUACCUAACAAGGAAAACCAAUGCUUCCAAAUAAAUAUAACGAAACAAAAAAAAUAUUAUAGAGAAACAAAAUAUUUAAAAAAAAAUAACUAACAAAAAAAAAAUCAAAUCAAUAUUAAUAAUAAAUUAAUCUAAUCGUAGAGAAGAAAAAAACAAUUUACUUGACUAAAUGCCGUUUUUAUUGUUUUUUCUGUGUUUUUAUUUUUGAUUGUUAGAAAUGAGACAAAAGAAAAAUUAAACAAAAUUUAAGACAAACCAAGCAAGUGAAACAAAGAUUUAGCUUAAUUCUCAUCCUUCGGGAGCUUGUGUGCAAUUUGACGAAACAUACAAACUCAUUAUAAUAAUAUUAAAAAUAACAAAAAAAAUCCAAACAAUUCACAUUCGCACAGAUUUUGACAAGAAAAGCAAGAACAAUAAUUCACCCACAGCAACAACCAAAAAAAAAACAGCAAAUAAAUUAAAAUCAAAUAUUUACCGAUUUAGCCAAAAUAAAGAAAAACCAAAAUAAAAAAAAUUCUAUAUAUAAAUAUAUAUACAUUUUAGAAAAUA